GCGGCCGCGGCGCUGCUGCCUCCCCUGCGCCGGGCCGGGCUCCCCGCACACGGCGGAGCGGCCGAGGGGCCGGGGCCUGCGAUGAGCGCGCCGGGGCUCAGCUGAGGGCCGGGCGGGGCGCGGGGCAGGGCCCCCCGGAGCCGGCAGGACGGAGCCGCCGGGCGGCUGGCGGGGAGGCGGCGAGCGGCUGAGGCCGCCGGGCCGGCGGGGGAGGAAGCGAGCGGCCGCCGGGGGCAGCGCCAUGGAGCCCGGGGAGGUGAAGGACCGGAUCCUGGAGAACAUCUCCCUGUCCGUCAAGAAGUUGCAGAGUUACUUUGCAGCCUGUGAGGAUGAGACCCCAGCAAUUAGGAAUCAUGACAAAGUCCUGCAGCGGCUAUGUGAGCACCUGGACCACGCUCUGCUUUAUGGGCUGCAAGAUCUCUCUUCAGGCUACUGGGUGCUGGUCGUUCACUUCACCCGCAGGGAAGCCAUCAAGCAGAUAGAAGUCCUGCAACAUGUCACCACCAAUUUGGGGCGCAGUCGAGCUUGGCUGUACCUGGCCCUCAAUGAGAACUCGCUGGAGAGCUACUUAAGGCUGUUUCAGGAGAAUCUAAGUCUGCUGCAUAAGUACUAUGUCAAGAAUGCCCUGGUCUGCAGUCAUGAUCACCUGACUUUGUUCCUGACGCUGGUAUCUGGGCUGGAAUUCAUCCGCUUUGACUUGGAUCUGGACGCCCCUUACUUGGACCUGGCGCCAUACAUGCCCGAUUACUACAAGCCUCAGUAUCUGCUGGACUUCGAGGAUCGCCUGCCCAGCUCCAUCCAUGGCUCAGACAGCCUGUCGCUCAACUCCUUCAACUCAGUCACCUCGACCAAUCUGGAGUGGGACGACAGUGCCAUUGCACCUUCAAGUGAGGAUUAUGAUUUUGGAGAUGUCUUUCCCGCAGUGCCGUCCAUACCCAGCUCAGCCUGGGAAGAUGGAGACCUAACAGACACUCUCAGCUGCCCGCACUCCUUGGCCUCUGAUCUGAACGGCGGCAAGGCUUCCGUGAAGAGUCCGACCCAACGCUACAACCCCUUCAACGAGGAGAAGGCUGAAGUGCUGUCCUCCACCGAAACCACCCCUGCGCACACUGCCUCCCUGGAGCGGAUGGACACCACGACGGAAGGCACGGACCAGCUGGAGAGCGGCACGGAGCUGGAAGUCAUCAGAUUAGCUAAAAAGAAGAAAACCGGCAAGAAAAAGAAGGUGAAAUUGGAGGAAAUGGUGACCCCCCCUGCCCCCAGUGCCACGCAGGCUGACGGGGAUGGUGGCCCGAACAGACUGAGCGAAGGAGCUGAGCUGAAGACAGACAGCAGGCCGCCCUCUCCAGAGGGCCAGGAGAGGCCAGGAGAGAGCAGCAAGCACUCGACCCUGAGCCAACUGGGCCUGCGGAUCCCAGAGAUGAAGGACACCUCCAUGGAGAGCGUGGGGCAGCCACUCAGCAAAGUGAUCGACAGACUGAACGGGCAGCUGGACCCCAGUGGCUGGAACUGCCCCGUCGAGCCCCCCGAUCAGUCCUUUCGGACUGGCACGCCAGGGGAGACCCCGGAUGGGCCGCCCUCUGGCAGCUAUAGCGAGGGGAUUUCGACCCCCAUGGACUUCUACCGCUUUACCGUUGAGAGUCCAAACUCUCCUGUGCCAAGUGGUGGCGACCAUGACCCUGCAGGGGCUGGCCAACCGCCACAUGUUCCUGGUAGCCCUGAGACUGCUGGACAAGAGGAAGAAGGAGGAGAGGGAGAAACGGCUGGGGCGGUAGAGGACGCUCAGGAGGAGGCAGAUAAAACCCAAGCCAGCGAAAUGGAAACUGGCCACACGGAGGCACUCAGCAGGCUGAAAGGAGACCAGCCCAGUCCCUCUCAGAGCAGCGCUGAUGACUCCGGGGUGGAAGAGGGGCAGGGCAGCCCGUCGGAAAUGGCCCAUCCAUCGGAGUUCAGGGUGGAUAACAACCAUCUAUUGCUGCUGAUGAUCCAUGUCUUCCGGGAGAAUGAGGAACAGCUGUUCAGGAUGAUCCGAAUGAGCACCGGGCACAUGGAGGGGAAUCUUCAGCUGCUCUAUGUCCUGCUGACGGACUGUUACGUUUACCUGAUCCGGAAAGGAGCAGCGGAAAAGCCGUACUUGGUGGAGGAGACCGUUUCAUACAAUGAGCUAGACUACAUCUCGGUUGGCCUGGAUCAGCAGACCGUGACGUUGGUUUGCACCAACCGUCGGAAGCAGUUCCUGCUGGACACCGCCGAUGUGGCCCUUACAGAGUUCUUCCUGGUCUCCUUGAAGUCAGCCAUGGUCAAAGGCUGCCGAGAGCCGCCGUACCCCAGUAUCCUCACCGAUGCCACUAUGGAGAAGCUGGCGCUGGCCAAGUUUGUGGCCCAAGAGUCAAAGUGCGAGGCUUCCGAUGUGCUCGUGCGCUUCUAUGGCCUCGUUCACUGGGAGGACCCCAUGGAUGAGGCAUUGGGACCGGCCCCUUCCCUUUACACGUCUCCUGAGAACUCGGUCACUAAAGAAGGCAUCCUGCAUUACAAGGCUGGGACCUCGUACCUGGGCAAGGAGCACUGGAAGACCUGCUUUGUGGUACUCAGCAAUGGGAUCUUAUACCAGUACCCAGACCGCACUGACAUUAUCCCUCUGCUCUCCGUCAACAUGGGGGGGGAGCAGUGUGGCGGGUGCCGGCGAUCGAACACCACAGAUCGCCCCCACUCCUUCCAGGUGAUCCUGACCGACCGCCCUUCCCUGGAGCUCAGCGCCGAGAACGAAGAGGAGAUGGCAGACUGGAUGCAAUACUUGUGCCAGGCCGUCUCCAAAGGGGUUAUCCCCCAGGGCGUGGUCCCUACGCCCUGCAUCCCCUGCUGCCUUGUCAUAACCGACGAGAAGGCCUUCACCUGCCACGAGGACUGCCAGACGAGCUUCUUCCGCUCGCUCGCCACCGUGGAGCUGCCGGACGUGGCCACUGUCUCCACGGAAGCCGGCAAGGAGUACUGUAUAAUAGAGUUUGCUCAGGACCGUCAGCAGUUCCUGCCCCCCUGGGUCCUGUACUUUAGUUGCACUACGGAACUGGAGAGGUUCCUCGUGGUGCUGAGCACCGUGUGGAGAAAUAUCUACCAGGUCGAUCUCCGGCACAAGGCUAUCCAAGAAGCCUCAGUCAAGAAGAAAUGCGAGGAUGCCUUGAGCCUGAUCCGCAGCGCCUGGCAGCGCAGCGACAGCCUGUGCCGUGGCCGGGCCUCUCGGGACCCCUGGUGUUAACAGAGGGAAAGACACAACCCCGCGUUAUAAGAGGCACAAACUAACCUACCCACCCCGACACUAACUCUGCGGGGCAGUCUUGUCCCUUUCCCGGUGCAGGCCGGCGGACUCUUUAGCAAACAAGCUUACGUUCUCCUUGGCAGUGUUUGAACUCGCUGCAAGCCCGGGGUUCCCAGUGCUGUCCCUCUAGCUGGGAACGUAUGUGCGGAUAUCCUGGAUCGGCCGAGCGCUGCCUCUCAACGGUUGCAAUGGCGGAGUUGUGCUUGUUGAACGGAAGCCUUCGCGCUGCACCAUGAUACGUCGCUUCUCCGCUGCGUGGCAGCGGGACCAUACGGUACCAGGCCCACAGCGUGGAGAUGGGGGAGCUUCAUCUAGAUCAGCCACCAUGCGUGGACACCUGCAUCAAGUUCUUUGUGCAGAGGGCCGUGCAGAGACUCUGGCCGGGUCCAGGCCCUCCUCCAUCACCCAGCUGCCUCCGGGCAAGUGACUCUCUCUUUAAAGGAAUAAUAACCUAAUAUUAAUGAGGGAGGGGUGUUCGCUCGUUGCAUCAUUGGGCACCAGGCUGGGUCCGAGCGCUUGUACUGACUAGUUGUUCAUUUUAGAACACGUUCGGUUGUAAAUGUGGUGAGACUGGAACACUAAAUAGCUGCUGUGCAUGUUUUAUCCUUGCUAAUACAAUCGCAAACUAACGCACUGCUUCACCUCCCAUCCCCCCCCAUGCCUCUCCUUGACCGUUUGUGACCUGCAUGUGCUGGGUCUUCUCUGCCCAGGAGAUCUCUCUGGUGUUAAUCGAUCUCUGCCCAGGGCACACAACCUGACCCAUCGCAGCCCUGCAAAGCUGCAGCGAGAAACAAAGAUGUAGCUCGCGUGGAAGAAGUUGCACUUGGGCUGGCUCCGUUUUUGGGCUGCGGUCGUGGGUUCCUGGGUCUGAUCUGAUCUCUAAAAGGGGAGAGAACGGGAGAAGCUGGAGCACAGGGUUGUGUUUGAGCCCAAAUUAACCCUCUUCUGGAAGCACAAGCAGCGUGUUCAGCAUCAGAGAUGUUGGCCGUUGGUAUGUAGGCCCCUCUCUCUUCCCCCCACUUGCCCAGUGGCUGCUGCUGGAGUUGUUAGGACUUUGACAAAGGCGAGGGGGAGUGUGUGGGAAAUGUUGAAGCAAAUCCAGGCAAUCUAAUGUGGGAGGA